AUGGGGGAUCAUGUCGCGGUGGAUGUUGGGGAGCUCGUAGCGUCCCGAGUCGGUGAGGCAGCCGGGUUGGUGUCCGGCGGCAAGGAGGAAACGGAGGCGCUGAUUGGGAUGGUGGAGUGCCGCAUUUGCCAAGACGAGGACCUCGCAAAGAACCUCGAGAGCCCCUGCGCUUGCAGCGGCAGCCUCAAGUAUGCUCACAGGGAAUGUGUGCAGCGUUGGUGCAAUGAGAAAGGAGAUAUAACCUGUGAAAUCUGCCAUGAGUCGUACAAGCCUGGUUACACUGCCCCAACCCAGGUGCAUCAUGAUGAAACUACCAUAGAGAUAAGUGGUGGAGAUUGGACCAUCUCUGGCAACCGUUUGGAUUUACAUGAUGCUAGAAUAUUGGCAAUGGCUGCUGCUCAAGACCGUUUACUUGAAGAUGAGUAUGAUGAAUAUAUUGGAACAAACAACAAUGCUGCUGCGUUUUGCCGCUCUAUAUUUCUGAUUUUGAUGGCCCUUCUGCUCCUGAGGCAUACACUGACCAUUACUAACAGUGAUGAUGAAGAUGACGCAUCUGCUAUUUUCUCGCUAUUUCUUUUGAGAGCAGCUGGAUUUUUGCUGCCAUGCUACAUUAUGGCUUGGGCUAUUAGUAUCAUGCAGCGUCAAAGACAAAGACAGGAAGAAGCAAUGCUAUUGCCAACGGAAGUGGCGAUCAUUCUGCACCGGAACGGAAGAACAAUGCAAUUUGCGGUGGCACCACCAGAAUCUCCUACCUCACCUCAGCCCGAGCCAAACCAAUAG